UUAUGUGCGUACACGUUAGCGUGUACCUAGACACAGCGAAUCCUAAAACGUAAUUACAUAAAGGAUCGUUUAAACACAGCGAUAUAUCAAACAACUUAUCAAGGUCAAUCGAGUUGUUGCAACUUAUCACUGUGUGUAAACGGUGCAUCGCACAACUUAUCAAAGUUGGAGUUGGGUUGAAGGUGGUAUCGCAUUGAAUCGCAGCGUCUAAACAGCGUUUCAACUUGUCAUCACAACUAGUUGCUGUGACUUAUCGUUGUGUUUAAACGACCCUUAAAGAAGCUCCAAUAUCGUAUCGUAUGUUCCGCCUCUGAACACUCGUCAAGGGAAAACACGUGGUGUCGAUCAAUCAGCUGUUUUUCUAUCCAAUUUAUAAAUAUUUAUUAAAUAUCCCCGACCCCUUUGGUGAUUCCAAUUCCAGUUUUAUUUGACAAUAAAUUUUUUGAAAUUUGAUACUAUGGCAACACGGAACGUUUUACUGCUUUCUAGUUCCAAAUUGCACGGAUUUGAACUGCUCGAAUUUGCUGAAAACGAUAUUUCGGAAUUGUUAAAUAGGAAUAAAGUUGAAAAUGUUUUGUUUAUACCUUACGCCCUAAAAGAUCAUGAUGCAUAUUUGAAGAAUGUGGAAAAACCGUUCAAAAAAUGGGGCUUUAACAUAAGCAGCAUCCAUACACAGGAACCUUUACUUGCAAUUAAAGAUGCAGAAGCGAUUUUUGUAGGAGGAGGCAACACCUUCCGUCUUCUAAAGACAUUAUAUGAUUUAAAAUUAGUAGAACCAAUAAGAAAAAAAGUUCUACAGCAUGGAAUGCCUUACAUAGGAGCUAGUGCAGGUUCUAAUGUGGCUACUACAAGCAUACACACAACAAAUGACAUGCCUAUUGUUUACCCUCCUACCUUUGAAGGCCUAGGGCUAGUACCAUUCAAUAUAAACCCCCAUUACAUAGACGCAGAUCCAAAUUCUACACACAAGGGCGAAACUAGGGAAGACAGAAUCAGACAGUACCAGGAAGAGGAUCAUUCUAAAACUGUGUUAGGUAUUAGGGAAGGAUGUAUGUUAAACAUUAGAGACAAUACGCUCGCUGUGAAAGGAGUAAAUGGAGGAAGAUUGUUUGAAAAGGGAAAAGAGCCACGAGAGGUUAAUGUUGGAUCAUUUUUAAACUUUCUUUUGGAGAGCUCAUGACGAGAAAUUUUCUAUAAAUAAAACAGUUUUUGGACUUUUUAUAAAACGAAGACUGAAGAAUCGGGUUCAAUAAAUAUGUUUUAAAUUUUGGAUGUAUAAUAUUUUAAAUAAAUCUUUUCUUUGGAAGUA